CCGUCUACAGUCAGUCCUUCGGGAAGAUCUGGAGGGGUACCGCGCUUAUUUGUUGGAGAGUAGAAACAGCAGUUUGGUUCUUGAGAGUACAGUACAGCCUCUAUAUACUUUCAUUUGGAUAAAUUUCGGUUUCCAAAUGAAACAACUUCGCAGUGUAUUGAGUUUGGCUACACGAGCUGAUGAGAGCUGAUGCAGUGGACGCAAUGUACAACUGCUGGAAAGUUUUCGUCUUCCACUUUUUGGUUUUAAUCGUGGCAACACAGACAGAAGCAGAGCUUCCGUCACCAAUACGUUUGACUUCGACUUGGAAGAACGAGUUCUGCUUGGAGUUUUCAUGGAGAUUGCCAGAGAGUUUUGAUGAGAAUUUGGAUUGUAAAUACAAAAUCAAAACUUCACAGGUAUCCAUAACUAGGAGCUCUAAGACAACAUUGUUCCAGGAAUGUGAUUCUCUGGAGGGAGGUUUGAAUUUCUCAGUACAAACUGAAUGCAACAAUUCAAAAAGUCAACCUGUUGUUCACACCAUCGCUGCCCCCAGAGAAUUGGUGAAGGACUUCCAUUGUUUUUACUACUCCUCCAACGCCCUGAACUGUAGCUGGCUUCCAACCAAUCAGUCCCCGGAAGACAUAAACCUCUACUAUGCGUACCCUGAAUCAGAAAUACAUCUGAGUAACACAUCAGAAUGCAGGAGCUACCUGCGCAAUGCUGGUAGGAAGACUGGAUGUCUCAUCAGAGGGGACUUUAGUAAAUUGAAAGUCUACUUCCAGGUCAAUGGGACUGUCAACGGUUCAUCUUUACGAAAUACCUUCAAGGUCAUUCCUAAGGACAAUGUCAAGCCUCCUGCCCCAAAGGUUAAAAUUACAGAGAAAGAAAAUAAUCUCAAUCUGAGUUGGAACCAUCCAAAUAUAUCUCAUCCCCACUGCUGGGAUUACAUGUUAAACUACAGCAGGUGUCAAGAGUCACUGAGUAAAACUACAAAAUCAAAUUCAGAGACUAUACCGUAUGAUCCAAGAUGCAAGUACAGAGUCCGGAUUAAAGCAGUCUAUACAUCCUACUGUGGGAAGGGAGAAAGUGAUUGGAGCGGAGUGGAAAUCUAUGGUGAGGAGGACUGGUUAAUUACUGUGAUUUCCAUCGUCAUUCCAGCCUCAUUGUUCUUAUUCGUCAUCCUGUUUCUUUGUUGUUUCAUGAAGCACAAAGAAAAACUUUUCCCCAAGAUUCCACAACCAUCAAUGAUUUACAAGGACACACUGAACAGCAAUAAGGAAGAGAAGACCUUCAUUGGGGAUCUCUAUGUCCCGGUCGAGGAGGAUGUGGAAUGUAAGUUCAGCCUGGAGAACGAGCCACAACUUCCCAUGAUGCAGCCUGACUGCUGACAGACUGCAGUACACACAUCCAGUAUUGGUAAGUUCUGUACAGACAGGUAAAGAUACUGUCUGACCUGGGAGACAAGUGACUUCAGUGUCAGUGACCAACCCUCAAACCAAGCCAUCCUAAGGUGGAGCCGAACUGCACUGUUGAAGUGUCAGAAUUUAAAUCGACAAAGUCAAUGGACUUCCUUAAGUGUUGUAUACAGACUGGGCAGUAUGGAAACGCCUUUUCCUGUGCUUGUUCUAGAACAAUUGUUGACUGUUAGGACUUACCGACAUACUAGCUACCUGUACUGGAAAUUUCUUGAACUGGUGUAUUCCUACUGAUUAAAGGACUGAGUCCCCAUGUUUGGAUAAGAAAAGGAAUGUGUUAGAGGGGCAUCUGGUAUUUGUCUAGAGGGGCAUCCUUGGCCGGCACCAGCAGAUUAGAGGGUUACUCGUAUAUGUAUAACCCAUCAGUGUCUAUCUGUUGUUUGUCCGAAUGCUGUGAGUCCUCCUCAAGAGUUGAGAAAGUUACCCAUGUGGGGGAGACCAGCCUGUCCCUUGUGUGAAGCCUAGGAUAUGUGAUAGAACAAAGGUAAUGGGU